AAUCUUGCUCAUCUGGCACAUGAAAGAUCCAAAGUCCUUUUGGAAAACUUGCUAAUAUUUUCUGGCUUACUAUGCGGAGUUUCAGUCAAAUUAAAGUUCUGUACAAGCCCUUUGUUGCCGAAUUUAAUACCUGCUGCAAGCUGCAAGCAAUGAAGGCCGCGGGGAAACAUUUACCAAAAGUUUAUAUAACCAGAAGAAUUCCGCCAGAUGGUCUAACAAUUCUGAAGCAGUCUGGAAGCUGUGAGAUUGAGCAAUGGGACUCGGAUGAUCCUGUUCCACGUUCUGAACUACUCAAGAAGGUGUCUGGAAUCCAGGGAUUGUACUGUCUUUUGACUGAGAAGAUUGACAAAGAGCUCCUAGAUGCUGCAGGUCCAAGCCUGAAAGUAGUCAGCACCAUGUCGGUAGGAUAUGAUCAUAUAUGCCUUGAAGAAUUAAAAAAACGACGGAUCAGAGUUGGAUUUACACCAGAUGUGCUUACAGAGGCUGUAGCAGAACUGACGGUUGCACUGUUGCUGGCAACUUCUCGAAGACUUAUCGAGGCUGUGGAUGAGGCAAAAAAUGGUGGAUGGGGAACAUGGAAGCCCCUUUGGAUGUGUGGAAGUGGUCUUACAGGGAGCUCGGUUGGAAUUCUUGGCUUGGGGAGGAUAGGUGAAGCUAUUGUUAACCGUUUGAAACCAUUUGGAGUCCAGAAGUUUCUUUACAAUGAUGUAGCACCAAGAGAAGAAUUAGCAGCAAAGAUCUCUGCGGAAUUUGUUUCCUUGGACGAGUUGGCUAAACAAUCUGAUUUUAUUAUGGUGUGCUGUGCUCUGACCUCAGAAACAAUGGGAAUAUGUAACAAAAAUCUCUUCUCCAAAAUGAAAAGGAAUGCUAUAUUUAUUAACACCAGCAGGGGAGCAGUAGUAAACCAGGACGAUCUUUAUUAUGCCUUGGUGAAUGGACAGAUUGCUGCUGCUGGUCUGGAUGUCACUGUCCCGGAACCUCUACCCACAGAUCAUCCACUUUUCAAAUUAAAAAAUUGUGUCAUUCUGCCGCACAUUGCCAGUGCCACUGUUGAAACUCGGAAUGCUAUGUCGGCCCUGGCAGCAAACAAUCUACUGGCUGGACUGAAAGGGGACAUGAUGCCAAAGGAGGUGCCUCUCUAAUAACCCAACCACCAAACUUAUUACAGGCAUAGAAGACCGUGGAAAUCUUCAAAUUAUUGUUUCAGCAGAAGGAGACAUUAUUUUUUAUUAUCAACAAAUC